UACAAAAUAAUCAAAUGUAAAUCUGGUAAUUUUAAAAUAUGAUUAGUUGUAAACAUGGCGUGGAAUAAAUAUGUAACAGUGGAGGUUCCACUCCUUUUGUGUAUGUUUUGCUUGAUGUUACAAUUGAACGUUUCGACUAAUAUGCUGAUAUAUAGAACAUGCUAUGCACUAUUAGAUUAUGAUGAAAGUGAAUGUGCUCUCCUAGGAAAAGUAGAAAAUGAAACAACAGCAUCUUUAGAAAGAAAGGUUCAACCAACAUUUAAUUACAUUAAUAUGGUUAGUACUGUUAUGAAUUCCUUAGUUCCUUUAGUUUUUUGCAUGUAUGUGGGAACUUGGUCGGACAAAUUUGGAAGAAAGCCAUUUAUGUUGCUGUCUUUAAUAGGUCUUACUCUAACAAAUAUGACCACAACGAUAAUUGUUUUGUUUGAAAAUGCAUCUCCUUGGUUGUUUUUAAUAAGUUUUAUUCCCUCUCUUUUGACUGGUGGUUUUGUUACUUUGAUGAUAGUAAUUUCUGCUUACUUAGCUGAUGUUUCUACGUCACAGACUAGAGUUGUAAGAAUGGCCGUGUACGAGAUAGUUAUGGGUUUGGGAACGUUUCUAGGAAAUAUAGUUUCUUCGUAUUUAUUAUAUGGUACCGACUAUAAAACUGUUUAUAUUAUAAUAACGGGUUUACAUGGAGUCGCCACUAUUUACACAUUUUUCUUCAUUCCAGAGUCGAUUAAAGGUGAAAAACAGGUCCCUAAAUUAAAACAUUUGUUGAAGUACAUUAAUCUCACAGACAUUGCCAAAAAUACAUUUAAAAAACGUCCAAACAACGCAAGGGGAUACCUAUUAGCAGUACUUGGAAUAAUAUUUUUUCAAACGUUCAGUAUGGGAGAAAUGUCUGUUCAAACUCUGUUUCUAAGAGCUAAAUUGAAUUGGACACUUACGAAAAUUACAAUUACUUCCAGUGUGACGAGUGUUGGCAACAUCAUUGGUACUAUUGGCGGGACGUACUUUCUAUAUAAACUCUUGAAAAUUGGAGAACUUAAACUAGCACUAUUCUCAAUUUUAUCGUUUUCAGCUGCUAGUAUUUUACGUGGUUUAUCUACAAUGGAUAAAGACUAUUUUAUUUAUAUAGCAAGCUUUAUAGGCAUUUUCAAUGGAAUUCAAGGAAUAAUGAUAAGAACAAUAAUUUCUUAUAUAGUAUCUCCAGAAGAAAUCGGCAAAAUAUUUGCUCUACAAAGUAUAAUAAUGAACGUGAAUAUGAUGCUGUCUAAUCUGUUAUUUCAGGCUAUUUACAAUGCCACUUUAGAAACAGACAGCGGUAUAUUUUAUUUCGUGUCAGCCACAAUAAACGGUCUUGCUGGUGUUGGAAUUUUGUUGCUGUUAAAUGUGAAAGUUCCUGUCCAUCCUGAAGCUGCGAAAGAAGCUGAGAAACCUGAAAACGAAUUUAGAAAAAUAAGUAUGAACAUAAAUAAUUUCGAAGUAUUGAGUAUAGAUGAAAAACGAAGCAGUAAUACCAUCUCACUUGGAUUUAGUACGAUUCCAGGAUAAUUUUUUAUAUUUUAGAAUUAGAAAGAAAAUAUUUAUUAAUUUGUAUAGCAUUUAUUUAUUUAUUUUUAUUAAAUACAUUUUUAUAUACUA